CUUCUCAUCAAUUUUCGGUGCAGAAGAGCUCACGACCCCCAACGACCAAUUAUCGGCUCUAUCAGAAUGCGAUCAUCUUCUUGCGCAUGCUCGGCUUACCUUCGCUGAUUCGCUCACAACCACCGAGGCGCUAACUCGCAACGACUAUCUCAACGUCUCGGCUCUUCAAUCGAGGCAUUGCGCCGCAACAGAAUCCUGCAGCAAUCUAUUCUACGAGUACGAUGUCAAAAAGCGUGCGAUUACCUUCCUCUGCAAUUCGUCGAUCUCAGUAUAACCCCAGUAGAGCCCGCAGCGGAUGUCGGCAUUAAAAGUACUUAUUCGGCACUGUCGCGAUGCGUGAAAGCGUGUACCAUCACAAACGGCCAUAUAAGGCCGCCCAGGAAGUACCAUGUGAGGGAGCUCCAGACAUCGCAGUCCAGAAUCCAACAUGCCAUCGACGUUGUACACUCUUGUCUCGCUGCUCCCAGUUCUCCAACUUGCCAACGCUCAGACAACAGGGUCCUUCAACACCCUUACGUUCAAUGUUGCUGGCCUACCAGCUAUCCUCAAUGGUAACGAUGUGCCUGGAGACAAGACAAACAACACGGCACGCAUCGGUCAGCUCUUCACGCAGUACGACAUAAACCUUAUUCAUGUUCAAGAAGACUUCAACUAUCACGCCACACUUUAUGCCAAUGACAAGCACCCAUACAGAACUGCGACAAGUGGAGGUGUUCCUCUCGGCAGUGGACUGAACUCAUUGAGCAACUUCCCGUUCACUGACUUCGAGAGAGUGAAGUGGGAUCAAUGUAGUACUUUUGACAGCGCGGAUUGUCUCACACCGAAGGGGUUCACCUUCAUGAGGGUCAAAUUCGCCGAGGGUGUCUGGAUUGAUGCAUACAACCUGCACGCUGAUGCCGGCACAACAGCGGCAGAUUUGACAGCCAGAGCGUCCAAUCUGCGCCAGGUCUCUGAUCACAUCAUGAUAAACUCGGUAGGAAACCCUGUUGUUGUCUUUGGUGACUCGAACACACGCUACACACGCGCUGGAGACACCCCUACUAUCUUCAGUACCGAGAACGGCAUGGAGGACGUUUGGAUCGAACUCGUCAGGAAGGGUGUCGCCCCUACAGCAGGCAGCGAUGCCCUGCUGUGCGACAAUCCUUCGCCAAACACUACAUGCGAGACAGUCGACAAAGUCUGGUACCGUGGUUCCUCUGCUCUCACUCUUCAGGCUACCACAUUCGACUACGCAGGCGACAUGUUCUUGCAGGAAGACGGUAACAUCCUUAGUGAUCACAACCCCGUGCUUGUUGACUUCACCUGGACGCUCCAGGGGCAGCUGCAAAUUGGCGACGCUUAUGGAGGCGAGUACGGAACCUGGUUCAACGAUUUGGAUACGCUGUCAAAAACCAGCAACGCCAAGGUCGCGACAGUUACGCUCCGUGGACAGAAUCGGCUCGACAGCGUUGCGUUGAGCUUGACUUCUGGAGAGACACUAACUCACGGUGGCACCGGCGGCACAGCCUCUACUCUUACUUUGAGCUCUGGGGAGACGCUGACUGCUGCGACUCUGUGUCAGGGAGUGAAGGACGAUAAGGAAAGAAUCUUUUACGCUGAGUUGCGAACAAGUGCAGACAGGAGUGUAAGUGCGGGUGUCAAGACGAGCACUUGCGUUGAGAAGACUGCUGCAAGUGGGUACAGCUUCGUUGGAUUCUUGGGUCGAUCUGGAGACGAGAUUGACAAAUUGGGUUUUGUCAGCAUCAAGGCCUGAAUGCUGCCGAUGCUCCUCUACGUAGCAUGCC